AUGCCGCCCCUGGCCCCUGAGUGUCUGCUAAUUCCCUCCCUUGCCCCACUGUUCCCCAGGAGGACCUCGGGGACCCCCAGCUAUCCCACCCGAUCCCGGCUGGUGACGUCCCGGACCCCCCAUUCUGCCCAUAAGUGCGUCCCGCAGCCCCUCAAAUUCCUCCGAAAACCACCAGCCCCGCGGGGUCAGUGCAGGGUCAGCAUUUCGGGGGUCCUCGCCCCUCCCCAACCCUCUCCUUCCCCCACCAGCCAGGCCCUGCUCAGGCCCCGCCCCCGCGCGCCGGAGAGGGCGAAGCCUCUGCUUGGCUCCGCCCCCUGCAGCUCCACCCUCGAUGACCCCCUCGUCCAAUGGCGCUUGAGGCGGUGCCGAGGGGAGGAGCCAGCGCUGGACACGCCCCCGGUGGGCAGGGCCCUGGGGGGCGCUGCUGCUCCCCGGGGUUCCCUGCAGGGACUGCCAUCGGGGAGGUCAUGUGAUUUCACCGGGGCCCUGCAGGAGGCAGCGCCCUGUGAGUCACGUGACCCGCCUGAGGCCCUAUGGCCAAUCGGGAGACGCUUCUGCAGGCACCAGGGGGCGCCUUCACCCCAGGCUGUCUCCCAGGAACCCUCGUGGCGGGAUCCAUGUUGGAGGCCACAUGACUCCCACACGACCCUCCGGCCAAUGAGGAGCAGCUCUCUGGAAACCCUGCAGGAGGCGCUGUACUCACAGUCACGUGACUCCCGCCACGCCCCUAGGCAAAUCAGCAGUAGCUGCUGUGCACCUCUGCACCAGGGAGCACCACCCUGUGGGAAGCAAGAGUCCCAUGAGCCUUUGCUGCAGGAGACGUUUUGGGAGUCACAUGACUGCCGUGGGGCUCUGUGGUGUGCACCAUAUUGGAAGUCAUGUGACUCAAAGGAUGCCCUGCGGCCUGCAAGGGAGGCACUUCCUGAGCCCCUGUGCCAGGGAGGGUCAGGCUUGAGGUCACGUGACCCCCGUGAGGCCCCACAGCCAAUCAGGAGCAGCGCACGUGAUGCCCAUCAGGGGGCGCCAUGGCAGCAGCCACUGGCCCUCCCAGGCCCUCUUGGGGAUCCCCUCCUCUGGAUGCUGCGAUGCCACCGCCGGGCCCUAAGGGAACGCCUUCGGCCGCGGGGCGCCGUGGGACGCCGAUAGAGCCGGGACUGCGGUUCCCGUCAUGCCGCGCGGCCCGUGGGAGUCCCCUCAGAGCCGGGGCUGUCCCCUGAGGAUCGUCCCGGCUGCUCCCCAAGUGCUUCCCCGAACCCUAAGUGCCCCCCGGGGUCCCGUAAGUACCCCAGUUUCCCUCUCCUGACCCUCCAGUGCCCCUCGGGGUCCCGCAGUCCGCACGCCCCCCGUCCCCUACUUUCCCCCAAAAUGCCCCCUCUGUGUCUCCUCGGACCCCCAGGUGCUCCCCACCUGCCUUCCCGACCCCUAAGUGCCCCUCCAGGCCCUUGAAUGAUCCCGCAAGCACCCCCACCUGGCCUCCAAGCGCCCCUCGAGUGUCUCCUGGGAAUUGGCGCGAUGACGACAAUGUAGGGAGAGACCCAGACCCUGACGCAGUAUCAGCAACAGUUCAGGCUUUAAUUAAAAUUUGAAUCAAAACUGCAAUUGCCGAUGUGGGGGAUGGACAAGCCCCCCCGCUUUUUCGUGCCACUCCCGUGGUCCCUCUUGGGGCCAGGGAAAUUGCAGGAAAAACAUUCCUGCAUGUUGCACACAUCCAAAUUUCAUGGGAAUCAGGAACAGAGUAACAGAGUCUGUGUGGUGAACUUCCCUGACAGGUGCAGAUAAAUCCUCUCAGAUAAAGAAGAGGUUGAGAGGACUUUGGGGACCUGGAGAAUACACUCCUGUGGCUCCCCCCAAAACCCCAGAGACCCCCUCCAUCCCCUACAGAGUCCCCAGUAGAUCCCAAGUACCCUUAGAGUCCCCUCAAAAUGCUUCAUAGAUCUCCCCCCCCGAACACCCUGUAAGCCCUCAGGACCCUCCCAAACCUCCUGAGGCUCUCUAAAAUAACCCAUAGAUCUGCCCACUCCCCCGCACCUCCAAAAGGGGCUACUCCAGGUGGCCACAACUAGGCAUGGACUGCCUGAGCCACUUUUUGGGCUGAUAUGUAUGUAGGUAUAAAUCUAAUAGAGAUAUAAAAUAUUAUAUAGAAAGGGGCCUCCAGGAGAGCUGGGGAGGGUCUUUGUCAGGGGACAGGAUGGAGGCUGAGGGUUUUCACCUGCCAGAGGGCAGGGUUAGAUGGGACACUGGGGAGAAAUUCCUCCCCGUGAGGGUGGUGAGACCCUGGCACAGGCUGUCCAGAGAAGCUGCAGCUGCUCCAUCCCUGGCAGUCUCCAGGGCCAGGUUGGAUGGGGCUUGGAGCAACCUGGGAGAGUGGAAGCUGCCCCUGCCCACGGCAGAGGGUGGAUCGAGAUGACCUUUGAAGUCCCUUCCAACCCAAACCAGCCUAGGAUUCCAAAAGUGGGGGAGGGUUGGGAUGGGCGACCUUGGCUGACCCCAGGUGCU